GGCAAAGCCAAACAGAGUAUCUAAAGCGUUUGAAGCGAUAGCACACACCAUGAUUUGGUGUCCGGUUGUUAAGUAAAAUCAAUCCGUCAGGACCGACCGUCUUCGUGCGGGGCAAAGAUUAUUAUCGCCGCUUAAUUCAAAUACUAACUAAAAUACAUACAUACGUUUGCAUUUUAUUAUUCGUCUUAUUCGUCGUCGUCGUAUCUAUAAACAAAUAAUAAAUAGAUACAAAAUAAUUUAAUCACGAAUUUUUAUAUUCGUUUGUUGCAUUUUACGAAUAUUUUCAUUACCAAUUGUUGCGCUUGGUGUGAUUCUGAUUUGUGGUGUGUUUUUCUCUUUAUUGGUAUUUCAAAAAUAUUUUUCACCAUCACCUUCUGCGGUUGAAAAGAAGGAAAAUUAUUUGUGAAUAAUGUUUUGAGAUAUUCUUAUAACAACAUAAUUAUUUUUGUCUUAAAGAAAAAGAAAAAUAAAUUAAUACUCAUAUGAAUGAUGUAAUUGAAAAAAAUAGUUUUAUUAUAAUCAUUCAUGUACCAUGUGCCGGUUAGUCAGAAAUUUAAAAGUUUAUAACUCUUCAGUGAGUGAGUGAAUUAAAAAAAAAAUUGAAUAUACAUAUUUUCAUAUCUGUUGACCAAGAGAAUAUACAUAUGUGAUGAUAAGAGUCAUCGUUGUUGGCGGCGGAAUUAAGUCUAAUUAAAGUCAAUUGAAAGUGCCUUAAAGAGAUAUAAAAAAAAUUCAACUAUUUUUGAAUUGAAUGUGUUGUCAGUGCAAAUAUUCAUAACGACAGUUUUAAUUUUACAAUAUUUUAUUUAAAUUUAAACUUCGCUACGCAUUUCCUUGGAUUACUUUUGGUUUUGUGAAUUUUACUAUACUACAACUGACGUAAAUUCAAGUCAUCGAGAAGAAACAUCAACGACAAACUAUUAAAACAAAUAAAAAAGAAGUGACAAUAUUUAUAUGAGAUUAAACGCAGCGGAACCAAUUUGCUGUCAAAUAUGAAGUUAUGACACAAAAACCUAUAUUCCGUCUAAAAAAGCGUGACUGACAAAAAUUUAAAGCAAAUUUUUAUUAUUUUCUUGCCAUAAAAUACAUUAUAAAAAUAGAAGUGCAAUAAAUUCAACAACACACACAAAAACUCAUUCAUAAAAUAAAAACACUUUGAAAAUUAAUACAAAAAAUGAAUAGCCAACCGGCGAGCCAGCCCGAAAGUAUCGACUUAGCCUAUGAUAUGUGGGCUGGCCAAUUUGAAUUUGUCGGCUCUCCACAGAACAACAACAACUCACCAAAUAACAACACCCUCAACAAUAACAGUAACUUACAAUAUCGAUUAAGUGAUAAAAAUUCUAGUCAAUGUCGUGGCAGUACCGAAAGUCUUGAAGAUUUAAAUCUCAACUUUACAUCACCAACAACGACAACAACAUCUUCAACUUGGAACGGAAGUGACUUCAGCAAACAACCGAUCCUAAUCGAUCAGGAAACAUUUUUGAGUUUGAAUCCCAACGAUUUCGAUGAUAUUGUUUCGUCAGGUCCGAAUUCGUUGGUGUUUAUCGAAAAUAAAUUUAACGAAUCGCCAUCUGCCGGAACAGAUGGUAAACUAAUUAAUCUAGAAGCUUUAACGAACAAAUUAAAUUGCAAACCAAAUAACAACAAUACCAACGGAUUUAAGUUGGAAAAUCUGAAGAAUUUUAAAAACAAACUGUUGUGUGAUUUUUCGGAGAAAAACAAUAACAAUAACGGUAUUGGUGGACAGCAGGACGGAGUUGUUGGAGUUGGUGGAAGGAUGAAUGGAAUCAAUGCUGAACUGUGCGAGAAUCUCAAUGAACAGUUGGAAUUGUUGCAGCGACAAGUUACAGACUUGGCAGAUACACAAACAGACAGAACAACGCGUACAAAAACAGAGUAUGCAGUACUACAGACUCGGUACCAUAUGCUCGAGGAGCAGUUUAGAGAGUCGGAACUUCGUGCCGAAGAACGGUUAGCCGAAGAACAAAAACGCCAUCGUGAACUUCUAGCUCGGCAUGAGCGUGAAGCCGCUUUACAAAAUGAAAAUUGCCAAAUUAAAAUAAGAACCAUUGAGAUCGAGGCGAAUGCCUUGAGGGAAGAAGCACAAAGAUUACGUGUAUUAUGUGACAAACAAGCUAGUGAUCUACAUAAUACGGAAGAAAAAUUAGAACUUGCACGUGAUAGUAUUAUGGCCUUGCAACAAGACUUAAGCAAUGCUAAAUUGCUUGAACGUAAAUAUGAGCAAGAGAAGAAAGCUUCAGAAGAUCUAAUGGUUGAGAUGAGCCGCGAACUUGAGCGAUUGCGUUCAGAAACUGGACCAGCAAUGCCAAGUACAUCACCAGAGGCAUUAAGACUGGAAGAACUGCAUCAGGAGUUAGAUGAAUUAAGAAUACAAAACAAAUCUCUCGAGGAACAAAAUGAAGAACUUCAAGCAGCAGUUUUGACACGUGGCGUUGAAGAAGGAAGACAUCUUCUAAAUGGCACUUUAAAUAGUUUGGCACAAGAACUGGAAGAAAUGUCUCAGACGCAGGACUCUGUGGAUUCAGCCACAAUGGCAUCAUUGAGCCAGCUUCAACAAGCCUUCCAAGAAAAAGAAGAUGAAAAUACGCGACUCAAACAUUACAUCGAUACCAUCCUGCUUAACAUUGUUGAAAACUAUCCACAAUUAUUGGAAGUGAAACCAAUUGAUCGGAGUGCGCAAAAUUAAUUAAUAAAUUUAAUAAUUUAAACAAACAACAACUUAUUUCUAAGUAAAACUAAAUUUUUAAACAAAAGUUAUUAGAAAUAAAUUAAUUGUAUUAUAUACUUAUAAAUAAAAUCAAAUAACUAAACAGAAAAAAAAAAUCUCACUUCAUUAAAAAUUUCACAAAUAAUAAUGUCAAAAAAUAUAUAAUUUCAUAAAAUAAUUGACAUACAAACAAAAACUAAUUAAAUUUGCAUUAUACAAAAAAAACUAUAAUUUGUUAUUGAUAUAGUUUUUAAGGUUUCAAAAAGAAAAAAAAAACAACAACAAUAUUUGUUACAAAUGUUUAGAUGGAAUUUUCUUAGGCGCAACAACAAUAUUUUGUGUCGUUGAAUAAUUAAUUUUUAUACCUGCAUGUAGUUAUAAUAUUUAAAACAAAAUAAAACAACAAAUUCAUUCAUAAAAUGCCUUAUUAACAAUUAAAAAAAUAUAUUCAUUUAAAUUGUUUUACAAUAUUUGUAGUUAGCUUUGUAGUUAAAUAUAAUUUGUAUGUUUUUCUUUUCUUUGUUUGUUAAAAGUAAGAUACAUUUUUAAAUUAAAUAAAAACUAAAAUUAUAAUAAUAUUGCUUAAAAUAAUUUUAAUAUUAUUUUGUAACGCGCGCAAUCGUUACUUCGUUUAAAUAUUUAAAGCAAAAAUACCAUGAUAUAGUUUAUUUAUAAAAUUGAAUUGAAAUAUUUGUUACAUAUUUGUGUAUGAGACUCGAAAUUUUAACAUCCCAACUUUUCUUAUUACGAUGAUCUUGCAAUUUUCAAGGUUAGCUAAAAAGCUUACAAUUUUGUCAGUUACCUUAAGUUUUUAACUUGGAUGUGGGGACUUCUUGGUAUAGCUGAUCCCUCAAUUUCGUAACAAAGUGGGUGCCAAUUCAUUGGGAGCCAUUUUUACCAGACCAUAGAUUCAUGAUCUUGUACGCUAACGUGUAAAAGUAGCCACAUUUCUUUAAUUCAAACAAAUAAUCUACUACAAAUGGUUCUUGAGAACCCAUAGAAGAUUUGUAACCUUUUGAUUGUUGCUUAAACUUUAGUUUGAGGAAUGUUUUCCAAAAAAAAAUAAAAA